AUGGAAGAAGAACAAAGAGAGCGAAUGGACAGAAUGGAAAGAGCUCAGGAAGAAAUGAGAGAACAGUUAGCAAAAAUGAUGGAAUUGAUGAUGAGUUUCAGUAAAGGAAAAAGAGCGAUUGAAGAGCCAGCUCCGUCAGAAAACCCACCAGCUCAAGACAGUGGAAACCAAAGGGAUGAUCCACCCUAUCCCCCAGGGUUCACUCCACCACAUGCCCAAACCGCUCAAAGGGUCCACCCCCAAACUAUGGAAAAGAAGCAAAGUGAGAACUUCAAGGAAUAUGCCCAAAGGUGGAGAGAUAUAGCAGCGCAAGUUCAGCCACCUCUUACUGAUAAGGAGAUGACUGUGUUGUUCAUAAACACACUUCGAGCACCAUUUUAUGAGCGUUUGAUCGGCAAUGCCACAAAAAACUUUACAGAUUUGGUCUUAUCGAGAGAAAUAAUAGAAGGAGCUAUCAAAAAUGAAAAAAUUGAGGGGCAUGAAGUUGCCAGCUCAAAGAAAGGGAAUACGCCCAAGAAAAAAGAAGGGGAUGUGCAAGCAAUCAAUGUUCUUCCACAAACUCCACCACCAAGACUGGUAGCUUCAACCAAUAAUCCUGGUCAUGGUCAAAGAGGACCAAAAACUACCUUAGAAAAACCAAAGUUUGAUCCUAUUCUAGUCCCUUACACUACAUUGCUACCACAACUCAUAGAAAAUCGACUCAUUGAUCGAACCCCUUUAAAACCACUCCGACCACCUUUCCCGAAAUGGUAUGACUCGAAUGCACAUUGUGAUUACCAUUUUGGAAUUCAAGGGCACUCCUCCGAGAAUUGUACUGCUUUAAAACAUAAAGUCCAAGCACUCAUUAAGGUAGGACUUUUAAAUUUUUCCAAAAAAGAUAGUUCACGUGUUGAUGGGAAUCCUUUACCUAAUCAUGGAAGACCGACAGUGAAUGUCAUACAUGAAGGGAUGAUUCAAAUGGUGAAAAAGAGUAUUGAUGAGAUUCAAACGCCAAUGGAUAAAGUGUUUGAGGCGUUGUCCAAGAUAAAUGCCAUCACUCAAGAACUCAUCGACACAAAGGAAUUGGGGCAUGAUCUCGCUUAUUCUUGCAAAUUUCAUAUAGAGGCAAUUGGGCAUUCCAUUCAAAAUUUUGAUAGCUUUCGUUGUAAGUUGCAAGAAUUGAUGGAUUCAUCGGUAAUUGAGUUUUAUGAACAAGCCGAAGAGAAUUUAGUCGGAACCAUAAAUGGAGACACCCUAGCUGAAGUGGCAUCAAGUUCAUUCGGGGCGAACAAACCUAAACCUCUCACCAUCUUCUAUGAAGAAAACAGGAGCCCAAUGAAUGAUACAUCCCCUACUAUGAUCAGAAGUGAUAUUACCAUUGAAGUCCCCAGCACGUUCCCUUACAAGAGCGAUAAGGCUGUCCCAUGGAAUUAUGAGUGUAAUAUUUUGGGCACAGCUUCGUUCGCCCCCCAAGCAUCUUUUGAAGAUCUAACUGGUGUGGGGGGUAUAACGCGAAGUGGGCGAUGCUAUUCCCCUGAGAUAGCGAAAAAAGUUGGAAAAGGGAAACCUGCACAGGGAGAGAGAGGCCUGAAGAAAGCAGAUACCUUUUCUAAGGACCAAGUUGUCGAAUCUGUAGUUGCUCCGAACAAUGAGGUCAAAAAUCCUGUUAUCGAGAAAGAAACGAGUGAAUUUCUCAAGUUUAUUAAACAUAGUGAAUACAGUGUGGUAGAACAAUUAACCAAAAUGCUUGCUCGCAUCUCACUGUUGUCCUUACUUUUGAAUUCGGAAGCACACAGGAACGCGCUGCUUAAAGUCUUGAACCAAGCUUAUGUGUCACAAGAUAUAUCAGUGGAAAGGUUAGACCACAUUGUGGAAAACAUUACAGUGGGGAACUUCAUUGCCUUUAAUGAUGAAGAAAUCCCAUCGGGUGGUCGAAGACGUAACAAAGCUCUGCACAUUACCAUCAAAUGCAAGGACCAUGCCAUACCUAGGGUCUUGGUCGACAAUGGUUCAACAUUAAAUGUCAUGCCUCACUCUACUUUAACCAAGUUGCCAGUAGAUGUGUCUUAUAUGAGAACCAGUCGCAUGGUUGUAAGGGCCUUCGAUGGGACCAUAAGGAAGGUGGUAGGAGACAUUGAACUACCGAUAAAAAUUGGCCCUUGCAUUUUUGAGGUCCAAUUUCAAGUCAUGGACAUUGCCCCGUCAUACAAUUGCUUGUUAGGGCAUCCAUGGAUUCAUAUGGCGGGAGCCAUACCAUCUUCCCUUCAUCAAAAAGUUAAAUUCAUAGUUGAGGGCCAACUGAUAAGUGUAUCUGCGGAGGAAGACAUACUGGCUAUUCAACCAUCAUCUGCUCCCAAUGUAGAGGCGACAGAAGAAGUCCCAGAAUGCUCUUUCAGAUCUUUUGAAUUUGUUAAUGCUACUUAUGUGGGGAAAAGAGAAGUGAUACUGACUUCUCGUUUCAUUCAUCCCGAAGCACCAACAAAGGUCAAUCAGGUUCUACGGAUAUUUGAUGAGCUAUCAAUCCAUAUGAUCAAAGAUGAAGAACCUAACGAGAAGAUCCUUGUGGUGUAUUUACCAAUAAAUACUUGCUCAUACACGUGUCCAAUUCUACCUGUUUGCAAGUCUUUAAGUGAUGAACACAAAGGCAAUCUAGACAAUGAUUUGAAUAUCGAUUUUGAGAUGAUUUCGAAUGUUGAUGAAUUGAAAAAUGAAGAGGAGGUGGAUGACUAUGGCUUACCCCCUGAUUUGUCGAGAAUGUUGGAAUAGGAGGAAAGGGAGAUUUUACUUCAUCAGGAACUCACAGAAAUGAUUAACCUCAAAAAUAGGGAAGAAAAGAAAGAAGUUAAGAUUGGCACCUCGUUGUCAUCUAAUGAACGGCAGAAGUUAGAAAAACUGCUCCGUGAAUAUGUGGAUGUGUUUGCUUGGUUAUAUCAAGACAUGCCAGGUCUCAACACUGACAUUGUUUUCCAUAAGUUACCUUUGAGACCAGAUUGCAAGCCUAUUAAACAGAAGUUGAGAAGGAUGAAGCCAGAAAUAUUGCUGAAGAUUAAAGAAGAAAUAAAGAAGCAAUUCGAUGCUGGAUUCUUAAAGGUGGCUAAGUAUCCUGAAUGGGUGGCUAAUAUAGUUCCAGUUCCUAAGAAGGAUGGAAAAGUUCGAAUGUGUGUUGAUUACAGGGAUUUGAACAGAGCAAGUCCGAAGGAUAGCUUCCCUUUGCCACAUAUUGAUACUCUUGUGGAUAACACAGCAAAGCAUGCUUUGUUCUCAUUUAUGGAUGGUUUUUCUGGUUACAAUCAGAUCACGAUGGCACCCGAAGAUAUGGAAAAAACAACAUUCGUAACCAUGUGGGGGACAUUUUGUUACAAAGUAAUGCCAUUUGGAUUGAAGAAUGCAGGUGCCACCUACCAAAGGGCAAUGGUAGCUUUGUUUCACGAUAUGAUGCACAAAGAGAUAGAGGUAUAUGUGGAUGACAUGAUUGCAAAAUCUCAUACAAAAAGAGAUCAUACUGUCAAUCUCAAGAAGCUAUUUGAGAUAUUGUGAAAGUUUCAGCUUAAGUUGAAUCCUGCAAAAUGCAUUUUUGGUGUAACUUCUGGGAAAUUGUUGGGGUUCAUAGUAAGUGAAAAAGGAAUUGAAGUGGACCCAGAUAAGAUACGAGCUAUUCAAGGGCUGCCACCUCCCAAAACGCAAAAAGAAGUGAGGGGAUUUUUAGGGAAGUUGAAUUACAUUGCUCGAUUUAUAUCCCAGCUCACUUGCAAAUGUGAUUCAAUCUUCAAGCUGCUUCGAAAACGAGACCCAGGAGAGUGGAAUGAAGAAUGUCAAAUAGCCUUUUAUAAAAUCAAAGAAUAUCUCACAAAUCCACCGCUGUUGGUGCCAUCGACGGUUGGAAAACCUCUUUUUUUGUAUUUGACUGUGAACAAGAAUUCUAUGGGAUGUGUAUUGGGACAACAUGAUGAAACUGGAAAAAAAGAACGGGCCGUAUAUUACUUGAGCAAGAAAUUCAUGGAGUAUGAGUCCAAAUACUCUACGCUCGAAAAGAUGUGUUGUGCGCUAGCAUGGACCGCCCAGAGGCUCCGACAAUACAUGUUGUAUCACACAACAUGGUUGGUGGCAAAAUUAGAUCCCAUCAAGUAUAUUUUUGAAAAACCCUUUUUGUCUGGAAAAGUAGCUCGAUGGCAAGUGCUAUUGUCUGAAUAUGAUAUUGUAUAUGUGUCACAAAAGUCAAUCAAAGGGAGCGCCAUCGCUGAUUUCCUCGCAGAUCGAGCUAAUGAGGAUUAUGAAUCUGUAAGUUUCGAUUUUUUAGAUGAAGAUUUAAUGGCCGUCUUGGAUAUAGAAGAGGAUGGUCCUAAUGAACUUAAUCCAUGGAAGAUGUAUUUUGAUGGAGCAUCCAAUGCUUUGGGGCAUAAAAUUACGGCAGUGUUGAUUUCUCCAAAUGAAAAGUACUAUCCAGCCACGACAAGAUUGAAUUUCAAUUGUACUAACAAUAUGGUGGAGUAUGAAGCGUUGGUAAUGGGAUUACAAGCAGCAAUUGAGAUGAAGGCUGACGCGAUAGAUGUUUACGGAGAUUCGGCUUUAGUGAUAUGUCAAAUGAGAGGCGAAUGGGAAACUAGAGAUUCUAAACUAGUUCCAUAUAAAAAGCUGGUUACAGAAUUAAGCAAACAGUUCAAAGAAAUCAGCUUCAACCAUUUGCCUCGAGAAGAGAAUCAGAUUGCUGAUGCUUUGGCCACCCUCGCAGCAAUGUUCAAAAUGAAAGAAGCGGCUGAUGUACGCCCUUUUGAUUUAGAAGUCCGUGAAGUCUCUGCACACUACUUAAAUGUUGAGAAAGAGGUUGAUGGUAAGCCGUGGUAUCAUGAUAUCAUGCAAUACAUCAAGCACCAAGCAUAUCUUGAGAAUGCCACGGACAAUGACAAACGAACUCUUAGAAGAUUAGCAAUGGGUUUCUUCCUUAGUGGAGAAGUGCUCUAUAAAAGAAGUCGAGAUCAAGUACUCUUGAGAUGUGUGGAUGUUACAGAAGCCAACAAAAUAAUGAAAGAAGUCCACGAAGGAACUUGUGGAGCUCAUACUAAUGGACAUAUGUUGGCUAGACAAAUUAUGAGAGCUGGUUAUUAUUGGUUGACAUUGGAAUCAGACUGCAUAAACUUUGCUCGAAAAUGCCACAAGUGUCAAGUUUACGCUGAUAGAAUCCAUGCUCCACCAGCCCCAUUACACAUUUUCACAGCACCUUGGCCAUUUUCAAUGUGGGGAAUGGAUGUGAUUGGGCUUAUUACGCUGAAAGCCUCUAAUGGACAUCGAUUCAUAUUGGUGGCCAUUGAUUAUUUCACGAAAUGGGUAGAAGCAGCUUCUUAUGCCAAUGUGACACAAAAGGUGGUGUGCAAGUUCAUCCGAAAGGAGAUUAUAUGUCGGUAUGGGCUAUCGAAAAAGAUUAUUACUGAUAAUGCAAGCAAUUUGAAUGAUGCGAUGGUGAAGGAGGUUUGCACUAAAUUCAAGAUCAAGCAUCAUAACUCGACAACUUACCGUCCGAAGAUGAACGGAAUGGUAGAGGCAGCCAACAAAAACAUCAAAAAGAUUAUCGAAAAUAUGACUGAAGUUUAUAAAGACUGGGGUGAGAAAUUUCCUUUUGCCUUACAAGCAUACUGAACUUCUGUGCGUACUUCCACCGGGGUAACUCCGUACUUAUUAGUGUAUGGUACAGAAGCAGUUCUACCUGUUGAAGUGGAAAUCCCAUCAUUGAGGGUGUUGAGGGAAAUAGAAUUGGAAGAUGCUGAGUGGGUUCGCUCCCGCUACGAGCAAUUAAAUCUGAUUGAGGAGAAAAGGCUUGCAGCUCUUUGUCAUGGCCAGAUGUAUCAACAAAGGAUGAUAAGAGCAUACGAGAAAAAAGUUCGUCCCAGGCAGUUUCGAGAGGGAGAGUUAGUUCUCAAGAGAAUACUCCUUAAUCAAACUGAUUUUCGGGGAAAGUGGAUGCCGAAUCGGGAAGGGCUAUAUGUGGUAAAGAAAGCUUUUUCAGGAGGAGCUUUGAUUUUGGCUGACAUGGACGGGGAAGAUUUGCCUAAUCCGAUAAAUGCGGAUGCGGUGAAGAAGUACUAUGCUUAAAAAAAAAA